CACUGGUUCAUUUAUGUGACGUCAUUAUGGCCUGGUUGGGUUAGGUUUGCUUGGAAAUUUUUGUUAAAAUAUUGUUUAUUGUAUGUUGUGCUACUUAUUUUAGAUUAGUAAUAAAAAUACCUCAUAGAGUAGCAGUAAUCCUGGUGCCAAGAAGAGUUUGUUUCGACGACAUUUUCUGGCGAAAAUGAAUCGCCAUGAAGGAGUCAGCUGUGAUUCUUGUUUGAAAAAUAACUUUAGAGGACGAAGAUACAAGUGUUUGAUUUGCAUCGACUACGAUUUAUGCGCUGCAUGCUAUGAAUCUGGCGCCACAACAAAUCAACAUACAACAGAGCAUCCAAUGCAAUGUAUUCUCUCAAGAAGUGACUUUGACUUAUACUAUGGAGGUGAGGCAUUGGCCCUGGAACAGCCUCAAGCAUAUACUUGCCCGUACUGCAACCGCAUGGGUUUUACGGACACAGCCCUCAUGGAACAUGUCACUGCCGAGCAUGCCGACACCACUCUAGCUGUGGUUUGCCCAGUGUGCGCCUCAAUGCCCGGCGGAGAACCAAAUUUCGUGACCGAUGACUUUGCUGGACAUCUUACCCUGGAACAUAGGACCGGAGCUAGAGAUUUAAUAUCAUUUCUCGAUGAACCAAGCGGCAUCAGGCACGGGGGGAUGCGCCGCAUGCCGCACUCGGGCCGCGGCGUCAGCCGUCCGCGGCGCACCAAUAUGCAGUUCAGUACGAGCGGGGGCAUAGCGUCCCUGUCGCCGUCGUCGCGCGACGCGGUGGUGGACCCCAUCGCGGAGCUCCUGUCGCAGCUGUCGGGCGUGCGGCGCGGCCCUGGCCAGCCCGGCACGCCCAGCCAGCUGCAGCAACUGCAGAUGCAGCUCCAGUUGGAGAGACAACAGGCCACGGCGGCCCGGCAGCAGCUGGAGCGGCUCCCGCGGCGGGGCGCGGCGUCGUCGUCGGGCGCGGGCGCCGCGCAGCCGCCGCCGCAGCCCGCGCCCGCCGCCGCGCCCGCCAGCGACGACUCCGCCUUCCUGCUCGCGGGCUUCCUAGGAGUAACAAAUAACUACGCGGGCGAGGAGGCGGAAUCCCGCGCAGCAUUGGUGCGAGGGUUGGUGCUGGCGUCGCUCGGGCGGCCCGCCCCCGCGCCGCCCGCCGCGCCCGCGCCCGCCCCCGCCCCCGCGCCGCCCGCCCGCAGCCCCGCCGCGCCCGCCACCCCCGCCGCCCCCGCCGCGCCCGCCGACACCGCGCCGCCCGCCCCGCUGCGCGCCAAGCCGCAGCCGCGCACCAAGUCGCGGCGGUGACUGAUCUGUUGGGUCCGGCAGGGCGCGGACGGCGCGGUGUUCGCGGGCGCGGAGGACGUGUGCGCGCCCGUCCGCAAAUGAUGUCGGCCGGGGGCGGCGCGGCCACUGCCCGCCGCGCGCCACCACGCGGUAGAUGAAACUAUUUAAUGUUUACUCGUUAGAUAUUACGGUAGUCUAUGUAUUAUUUAUCCGAGGAGGCAGUGAUGUACAUACGCCGGUCUGACCGGACCGCGCCGAACUGGACUUGUCCUCGUUGUUUUUCGCUAACACUUAUUAGUGGACGCUUAUGUUUGUUUUGUUGGCUUUCCAAAUAUCAGUGUGAUUUCCUUUGUUGUAGUAAAUAAUAGCUAUGGAAUGUUUAAAGUAACUCGAUUGCAGUAAAUACAAAAUAAUGAUCGUCGAAUAGGCAAUUUUUUAAAUGAAUACUUAUGAGAGGAGUCCCAUCACGAAUGACCAAUUUCUUUUAUAAAAUUAAUUCCAGCUUGUUUCACCGAAUACUUAUAUAUCUUAGUGAUUAUUGACCAGUGGCAACUUUAGUAAAAUCACUUUAUUUAUAUUGUAUUUCGUAGGAACACCAUAAAAUUGUAAAUAAAACAUCAAGACUCUUCAGUUAAAUUUAAUUUAUAUACAAAUGCUACUUACCACAAAAUUUUCACUAGCUACUCAAAAUGCUUAUUAGUUUGAUUAUUAUACUCCAACAUUACAAAAUGUUUGUAUGUACCCUAAUUAAAUUCUAUAAUAUUAAAAUA